UAUUAACCUUAUAGUUCUAGCUAUUCCAGUUAACUAGAUGAAUCUCAUCAGUUGACAUUUAACAUUAUAGAUUCUGGUGUGUUUUGUUAACAAACGAGUUGAAAUUAAAACUGCUUUGCUCUAUCACUAAAGUUAUGAUGGGUGACAUGCAACGGACGUUAUGAUUAAUUGCGAAGUUAGCUAGUUAGCAGCAUAAUGUAAGCUAACUUGCUAGCUGUGCAAGUUGGUCGCUAGUCAGCUGUCUUAUCCGCUUGGUCUAAGUUAGCUUAACCAAAUACACCGUACUGAAAGUGCGAACACAAGAGUAAUAGCCAUCGUUUCUAAACGACAGACAGUGCAUCAACACCGUAUGUUUAGGAUACCCACUGGUAUCUGGCUACUAGCCGCUAAACUGCUCUCUAACCUCAAGUCGGUUUUCUAACUGUAGUUAUUCAUUCGGGAACAAAAAAGCUAACGUCAAUAUAAUGUCACACAUUUCUCAAAUUGCUGUUGCAAAAAUGCAAUCUAAAGACUCGAACUUCUAGUUGUCGUAGGACAACGUUAAGCUUUAUGUUUAGAUCUACGUGAAAUUGGAAAACAAUAGGCAGUUUCACCCUUCUGUAAGGUUAAGGUUUUCCUUAUGUCUGCAGGCCUAUUUAUCUGCUUCAGGGGGAAAUGUUUCGACGUUAGUACGAUCAAUGCUGAGACUUCUUUAAAACUACUAGAAUACUGCACACAUUGACGUGGAACUUUGACACGCGAGAAACUUGUCUGUGCAAAAUAUUGCAUCAAAAUAUGCAAGAAUAACAUUGUAUCAGAAUGUAGACUACGAUAAUAUGGAUACAAUGUUGAUCUGUUAAGCACAGACAAAGUCGGGGAGCCUCAGCCUCUACAUUUGCCACAAACUGUCCCACUCAACCUUUUCACUAAAUUUGCUCUGAAAGAACACUUCAGGCAUAGGCAGUUUGAUUACAUCACACCAAGUAAAUCUAUUUCUAUGAAUUAUUUUAUUAAUUAAAGACAGAAUACUUAUAUGAUAGGUGGGUGGCCUGUAUUUUAGUUUCUGCUUUUUUUGUUGCUAUCAACCACCAUCAACGAUGUUGCUAAGCAACUGGCUAUCUUUUUUCCUUUCCUGUGUUUUGAGAACUCCUGUAGGUGACCCACUGUUCCUCUGUAGUGACCAUGGAGACUAAAGCGAACGGCUCUGUGGACAUCAAAAGCACGGUGGAGAAUGGUGAGCUUCCAGACCCUGCCCUGUGGGCGGUCGCUGAUGUUGUCAAUUACUUCAAAGCCACUGGGUUUGAGGAACAAGCAAACGCUUUCCAGGAUCAGGAGAUUGAUGGCAAGUCUCUUUUACUGAUGACUCGCAACGACGUCCUGACGGGUCUGUCGAUAAAGCUGGGACCAGCGCUGAAGAUCUACGAGUACCAUGUUAAGCCCCUUCAGACUCAGCAUCUUAAGACCAAUGUGUCGUAGCACUACUAACAAGUACUCUCUGAGGAGAAGACAAUCAUGACUGUGUGGAUGCUACAGGGUUCUACUUUUGAUGAGCGAGGAUUCUUCCAUUUCUUAAUCAUCAUAUGUGGGGUGUGGGGACACAGACAUUGCGAGAGGAAAGGGUGAAACUUCAUUGUACUACUGGAUGUUUUGAAAGGGGCAUAUUUGCAGUAUUUGUUGUACUGCUUAUACCGUCUUCUUUUUGUUGGGUCAUUAGAAUUAAUGAAAAUAUUGACUUGUUUAUUUUUAACUUAUGAUAGUGUGUGUGUGUGUGUGAGAGAGAGAGAGAGAGAGAGAGAGAGAGAGAGAGAGAGAGAUGUGUGUAUCUGAGCUACGUGUAGAUGUUUUUUUUUCCCCCUCAUGGAACCCAGAAGUCAAACACUACAUUGCACGUUGUAGUGUACUCCUGAUUUAUUGUGUGCAGUUUUCCCAAACUGAAUGGUCUGAAAGGUGAAUCUUUUAAUUUCAUUUGUAAAUACCAGGGAUGUUGGGAUUUGCUGUUUAUUUAACUUUUUAUAAAGAUUUGUGCAGUUUUGUAUCAUAGUAUAGUAAAAGCCAUAGCCCCUGAUUCUGUGGUCUCAUGAGGCCAAAUAUAGAUUAAUAAUGUAUGAAACCUGAUCAAAUCAGUGGUGCUAAUUUAUCUCAGAAGAGUACUUUACAUGGUGACUAUUGUUUUGAGAUCUUUGAAUCUGCUUAAAGUUAUAAUUUAUUUUUUAUUUUGUAAUAGAUGGCGAGUCAAAUCAUUUUAAAUGUAUAUCAAAAAAUGGAUAACCCAGAUAUUCAUGAAAUAUGUGACAGAUCAUGUUAAUAUUUUUAUUUUCAUCAGGUAAUAUAUAUCCUUGGUGUCCUUGGCGUGGUUGUUUAUGAGUUGUUGAAUGUGUUCAGUUGGCUGCUGUAUUGGAAACUGUGUCUGUUUUCCCUCAAGUAAUCAUUUGUUUUGACAUGACUACAAUUGUAUUGAUUUUGCGGAUGUUGACAAAUGCACAAGAACUAUAAAAGAGAUUUAUUUGAUAUGA